GAAAUGCGUGUCCGCUUUUGGACUGGUACUUUUGGAUAAAAGCAAAGGCACAUCGUCCCCCUUCCCCAAACCUUGCUUCUCCCGAUCCAUCAUCCUCCCCUCCCACACACUUAGCCUUUCCACCACCACGAUGCCCAAGUUCGAGACGCUGCAGCUGCACGCAGGCCAGGAGCCCGACCCGGGCAGCCAGGCGCGUGCCGUGCCCAUCGUCGCAUCCACCUCGUUCGUCUUCAAGGACUCGGCCGAGGGCGCCGAUCUCUUUGGGUUGAGGAAGUUUGGCAACAUCUACUCCCGUUUGAUGAACCCAACCAACGAUGUUUUUGAAAAACGGAUCGCAGCACUCGAAGGUGGUGUCGCAGCCGUCGCAGCCGCCUCGGGCCAGUCUGCGCAGGCAAUGACCAUCCUUGCCCUGGCGUCCGCUGGCGACAACAUUGUUUCGACCUCGAACGUAUACGGCGGCACAUACAACCAAUUCAAGGUGCUCUUUCCUCGCAUGGGCGUGACGACCAAGUUCGUCAAGGGCGACAAUCCAGAGGACUUUGCGAAGGCCAUUGACAGCAAGACUAAGGCGAUCUACGUCGAGUCAAUCGGGAAUCCAGCGUUCAACGUACCCGACUUUAAGGCCAUCGCCAAGGUUGCGCACGACAACGGCAUUCCCCUCGUUGUUGACAACACCUUUGGCGCUGGCGGCUACCUCGUCAAGCCGAUCGAGCAUGGUGCAGACAUUGUGGUCCACAGCGCGACCAAGUGGAUCGGUGGCCACGGCACGACCAUUGCCGGCGUGAUCGUCGACAGCGGCAAGUUUGACUGGAAGAAGAGCGGGCGCUUCCCGCAAUUCACCGAGCCCUCGGAGGGCUACCAUGGGCUUAAGUUCUGGGACACAUUCGGCGCGAUCACGUUUGCCAUCUACGUGCGCAUCGUCCUGCUACGCGACUUGGGGCCUGCGUUGAACCCGUUCGGGUCGUUCCUGCUGCUGCAGGGCCUCGAGACUCUCUCGCUGCGCGUCCAGCGGCACGUCGACAAUGCGCUCGUCGUCGCGCAGUACCUCGAGAAGCACGAGCGCGUCGCAUGGGUUUCCUACCCGGGCCUGUCGUCGCACCCGAGCCACGAGCUCGCGAAAAAGUACCUUGCCAACGGCUUCGGUGGCGUACUCGCCUUUGGCCUCAAGGGAGACCCUGCGGCCGGCAGUGCUUUUGUCGACCAGCUCAAGCUUUUCUCCAACCUCGCCAACGUUGGCGACGCCAAGAGUCUAGCGAUCCACCCGGCCUCGACGACGCACCAGCAGCUGACGGCGGAGGAGCAGGCUGCAUCAGGCGUCAAGCCCGAGAUGAUCCGCCUCUCAAUCGGCAUCGAGCACAUCAGCGACAUUCUAGAGGACAUCGACCAGGCCUUCGCCGCCACGAAAGAUGCCAAGGUUACCGGGUAAAAGGGCCCUGCGCCGGGUCUUGCAGAGCCGCAUGAGCGCUAGGCUGGACACCGCCAGGCUCAUCGCUGAGGCAGCAAGCAACCCAUGCGUGAACCAGCAGCUUUGUUAUGCAAAAAGAAAUUUACCUUCACAUCCGGAAGCCACGACCGGCCGUGGUACAUACCAUUGUGACAUGUC